AUGCAUUAAAAGUUUCUCGUUUUAUUAUUAUUAAUUUGUUUAAUAUCUUAAUCUUUAUCAUAAUUUGUUUUCAAGGGUUGCUUUUAAUAAAUUGGAAUAGUAACCGAAGAAAUAAUUAAUAUCGCUUAAAAUGUUUCAUAAAAAAAUACAACAAUUUAAACAUUCUUGACCAAAACUUACAAUAUCGUAAAGAACGUAGACCCUUUAUUCAAAUCAUGUGGAUUAAACGUUCGUUACUUAAAUAAAACUUAAGAGUGGGGUCCUAAAAAUUCUGAAAAUUGUUUUAAUAAUAUUGCUUAAAUUUAUGAUGGAAUUGCUAAAGUUUAUUAAAGCUAUUAAUCUGGAGGUAAUUCCUUUUAACUUAUGGGGCCUAUUGGAAAUCUUGUUUCUUUGAUUAAUACUACAAAAAUCGAUUGUCAUCCUACUCACUUUGAGUAAAAUCACAUAUUACUCUAAUAUUCUCUUGAAGAAACUUACGAGUUACUUAAAUAAGAUUCUUCAAAAUGUUUAAAUGAAAAUAGUUCAUUAGCCAUGGCUUCUGUAUAAGUUGCAAUGAAUAUUGCAAAUAAAGAUAUAAACGGAACUAUAUCAUCAACAAUUAAAAUUUUAAAAGAUUUACCUAAAGUUUUGUUAAAUUGUGGAUAAUAAAAAAUUUAUGAAAAAAUUAAAGUUUUCGAAAGUAUUGAUUUUGAUGAUUGUGAUUAAGAUUUGAAAGAACUCAUUGCCCAUGUCAUGGAACUUAUUAAUAAUAUUAAAAGCAAAGGUUAUUUCGCUUUACUUUCUAAUGCUUAAGGAAUUUAUAAUGAAAUUAAAGAUUUGAACACUCAUUGCAGAAAAAACAAUAACAUUGUAGCUUUAAUGUUAGGUAAAGUAAACUGAAAAAAACUAUGCUAAAAUAAUCUAGUCAAUAAGAAAAA